GCGAAGCAUUGCCGCGAGCCUAAGCGGGAGCCGCUGGGGCUCAGUGUACACCAUGGCCUGGCGGUUAGGGGGCACCUGGCUGCUGGGAGGCUGCCUGCUCUGGGCAUUGUUGGCCUCCAGCGUAGCCCCGCUCACCUGGGACCUUCCGGAGCCCCGCAGCCGAGCAGGCAAGAUCCGUGUGCACCCGCGAGGCAACCUCUGGGCCACCGGUCACUUCAUGGGCAAGAAGAGCCUGGAGCCCCUCAGCCCAUCCCUGUUGGGGACAACGCCCCACACCUCCCUGAGGGACCAGCAGCUGCAGCUGAGUCAUGAUCUGCUUAGGAGUCUUCUGCUGAGGAGAGCCCUGGGCAUGAGCCUCGGUAGCCCAGCACCCCACACCCAGGAGGCUCCUGGUGCACACAGCGCAGAAGAGACACCCGGAAUAGGGCGGGCUCCACUCGGCUUGGAUUACACCCAUCUCGGCAAGUGCCUGAAUGGGUCCCCAGGAGUGGCUUCAUCGAGAUGCAUAUCCCAAGCUCCAUCACUGUGAUUUCUGGCCCGGUCACAGGAAUAUCCCGAUGCAGACACAAACUAAGCUUCUGCUGUCUUUCUUGCUGCCCUGGUGAAGUUGUGAAUAAAGCCCUG